AUGAGCUCUCCCUUCGACUUUGAUCUCGUCGUCAAGAACGGCUUUAUCGUGACCGCCAGCGACACCGUACGGGCAGACAUCGGCGUCAAGGAUGGCAAAGUCGUCCUCUUAAUGGCGAACAUCCCUGUCCCGGAUGGCUGCGCGGUUAUCGACGCCGAGGGCGGCUUCGUUACGCCCGGCUUGAUAGACUCGCACGUCCACAUUGCUCAAUCUGCGGCGAAGUCGCUCGGAGCCAAGAGCGCAGACAACUGGACCACCGCCUCGCAAUCCGCCGUUGCCGGCGGAUGCACGACCGUCAUCGCCUUCGCCGUCCAGAACCGCGGCACGUCGAUGCAGGCGGCCGUCGACGCCUAUCACGACCUUGCGGUGAACAACGCCGUCUGCGACUAUUCUUUCCAUGUCAUCGUCACCGACCCGAGCGAGGAGCAGAUGCAUAUCGAGCUGCCGAAGCUCAUCGAGCAGGGCAUCACGUCUGUCAAGAUCUACUCGACCUAUCCGGCUCUCAAGCUGUCGGACGAGGAGAUCUUGAACACCUUCUACGCGGCGCGGCAGUACGGCGUGACAGUCAUGGUGCAUGCUGAGAACUCCGACAUGAUCGCUUGGAUGACCCGCGACCUCGCCGAGCGAGGUAUGACAGAGCCCUGGCACCACGGCACCUCUCGACCGCCCAUCAUCGAGAGCGAGGCGACGAACCGCGUCCUCGCUCUCUCGGAACUCAUGGACUGCCCCGUCCUCUUCGUUCACGUCUCCGCCCCCGACGCUUUCAAGGUCAUUCGCGAGGCGCAGACACGGCUCAUGAGCGUCUAUGCCGAGACGUGCCCUCACUACCUGCUGUUGACGGCGCAGGAGAUGAAGGCGCCCGGCUUCGAAGGUGCCAAGGCAUGCUGCGCUCCGCCUCUGCGCGAGAACCCCGAGGACCGCGAGCGCGUGUGGGAGAACACGGUCAACGGUACCGUGACGGUCGUCUCCUCUGACCACGCGCCGACCAAAUACCACGACGAGUUCGGCAAGCAGCUCGGCCUGACGAAGAAUCCCGGCAAGAACCCUCGAGGCGACUUCCGCUACAUCCCGAACGGUCUGCCCGGCGUCGAGACUCGCGGACCGCUGAUGUGGAGUGAGGGCGUUUGCAAGGGUCGCAUGUCGCCGAACAAGUUUGUCGAGCUGAACUGCACGAAUGCAGCGAAGCUCUACGGCAUGUACCCGCAGAAGGGAACGAUCCAGCCUGGCAGCGACGCAGACUUCGUGAUCUGGCGAUCACCGUCUGCACGCAAGACAAGCAAGGUCACGGUCAAGAACCUCCACUCCGCCUGCGACUACACACCCUUCGAAGGCCACGACAUCGAAGACUGGCCAGUCCUGACCAUCCUCCGCGGCAAGAUCGUCUACGACGGCAAGACGAACGACGUCGUCGCCGAGCCUGGGUACGGCGCGUUUUUGAAGCGCGGAAAGAGCUCGUUGCAGGGUCCGAGGAACAAGUGGCUCAGCGACUGGCGGCCGAGGUACAUGGAUGACCAGGCGAAGGCUAAUGGCGCGUAG